AUGGUGAUAAUUGUAUUUUCAGAUACUGAGUUAGAUCGAUUUCCUCCUGUAUACUAUCUGGAUGACUAUGACAAAUGCCUACUCAAACCACAUGCAGUUUACUGCACUGUUGAUGCCUAUCUGGUGUCGGAUACACCUAGUGAUUUACUUACUAUUAUUCAGGAAUAUUCCCAGCAUCGAUAUACUCAUUUUAAUCACUCAUAUAUAACAUAUGGUGUUUGCCUUACAUCCACAUGCAUUAACUAUACAAAUUUGGACCGAAAACAGAACCUUGAGAAAUGCCUUAACGAAACACUUUUGAAGGAUUAUUCACUUAAAGCAAGAGUUAGAGAGCUAUCUUGCGCUAAACGCGAUGAAUUUCAAGUGGACGCGUUAGAUAUAGUCGCUGCAUUCAUAUUUUUCAGUAUAUUAUUAAUUAAUGUCAUAGGAACCGUGGAUGAUGUAUUUUCAAAGGAACAUUCUGGUUUUAGUUUAUUAAGAUGUUUCUCGAUUCGUAGAAAUUGGAAUAAAUUAGUUGAUACCAGCGAAAAUAAUGCCUCGCUACAGAAUAGAUUGAAGUGCCUUGAUGGAUUAAGAAAUUGGAAUAAAUUAGUUGAUACCAGCGAAAAUAAUGCCUCGCUACAGAAUAGAUUGAAGUGCCUUGAUGGAUUAAGGACAAUCCUUCUAAUAGCAAUAUUGAUUGUUCAUGCUUCUAUCACAAGUUUAGUAAAAGUUUCCAACACAUCCGUGGUAGAGAAGAUUUUUGACUUCACACCAGUGCAUUUUCUGUUUAAUUUGCCGUUAACUAUGUGUUGCUUCUUCUUUAUAUCAAGCUUUGUGCUUGCGUAUAAUUUGCAAACCAGUGACGACAACAACGAAACUUGGACAUGUAUUGGAAAACGAAUUCUCAAACGAUGGUGCAGAUUAACACCAGCUUACGCCGUUGCCCUUUUGUUUAUAAUGACCUGGUACAGACAUCAAGGAGAUGGACCUUUUUGGAUGAAUAUUUACAAGGACAGGAUAGAACCAUGUCGAAGUAUAGGAUGGUAUAACAUGCUAUACGUAAAUAACUUCGUCGAUGGUUCAGUAUGCAUGCUGCAAGGUUGGUAUUUAGCAGCUGAAAUGCAGUUACAUCUUCUUGGACUUGUUGUAUGCAUCUUUUUUAAAGGAUUACCGAGAAUACGUGUUCUAAUUGUACUGUUUAUUAUUGGGUUACUCAUACCAGGGGUACUCACCUACAUUUAUGACCUGGAUAUGCAAUUAACACCAUCUGCCGAGUUAUUUCGCCAGUACUUCCUGCCAGACCCAACCUUUCGCCAUGUGUAUCGGCAUAGUUUCACCAACAUAGCAUGCUAUGUCAUGGGUCUCGCAAUGGGCCUCCUGACAUAUAAAUUGCAAAGGACGAAUUUUGACAUUCAGAAUUAUAAGAAAUGGAUUCCUCUAUAUUAUUUAGCUAUAUUAUUAAACACGGGAAUUAUGUAUUCAGCAUCAAUAAAUUACCAGGAAAGACCCCGCUUGUCCAUUACUACACGAGUGAUUAUGUCAGCAGUAAUGAAACCGUUGUUGACCGCCAGCACCAGCGUCCUUGCUCUUGGUGCCAUUUUUAAAUAUGAAAGUAUGUAA